AUGCCCCGUUUAGGCCACAAGAAGUCCAGGAACGGUUGCCGGCAGUGCAAGGCAAGACACGUUAAGUGUGACGAGCAGAAGCCGUGCUCGAGCUGUGCCCGUCAUGGUGUCCAGUGCAGCCUAAUCACGUGGGAUCCCAAUUCUCCAGCGCCACCCCUCAUAAAGCAAGAACCAAGCAAUGGAACUACCCGGCGUCGAGCGUCAAAAACAAUAUCAAGAAAGAAUUCCCAAGUUCCGACCCCAAGAUCACUGCCCAUAGAGUACGUGCUGAAUCCAUCGCCGGCACCGACCGCAGGGACAUCCGAUGUCGAAUCCUCUCAUUCGAGUCACGAUCCUUUUCCGUACCUGACUAAAUUUCUUAAUGGAUCCGAGUCCACCCAGCCAAACUACUGGGUUCGCGACUUAGAGUUAAUGUGGGACCAACCCCUAAAAGCCACUGGCUCUCAAGCAUCGCUGUAUACUGAACGCUACCUCAGGCACCACUGGACCACUGAAGCAUAUACUACGUUAUCAAGUAGAGAAGAUGUCCGGCAGAUGUGGCAGAACACAGCCCCUAAGCAAGCAAUUAUCCACCAAUUUCUAAUGCACGAGCUCCUAGCCUAUUCCGCACUACACAUGGCUUACUCUUGCCCCGGUCAGCGGAAAGGAUACUAUGCCCUUGGUACACACCACCAAGACCUUGCCAUUCGAGCCAUGAGGCAGUUUCUCCCCAGCAUGACACCAGAAAACGAUGCUCCCGCACUGUUUGCUACCUCGAGCCUCGUCCUCUUGACCGUAUUGGCAGCAAACGCGUUAGACGCUUCACGCUCGAACCUACAAUCCCCCAUCGACGAUCUCCUCGACGUAUUCGCUCUAGUGCAGGGCAUGCACUUCAUCCUUUCCUCGUAUGCUCCUAUUGUCGCAAAGCACCCAAUUGGCAUCCUCGUUUCCAACCAUGGGUCUAAAGAGAUAAUGCCUCCCCUCCCCAUCCUCGACGAAUCCUGCCACCACAUUAAUGACCUUCUCACUCUAAUUCAAACAGAAGAUAUAGAGGAAGAUGUCCGAACAGAGUGCGUCAGCGCGAUAAUCACAUUCCAAGAGUUCACGCAAGUCACUGCUGGGCCGUAUCUGGACAGCCGAGAGCUAAGAAUGAUGUUCAUCUGGCCAUCCAAGCUCAGUGUGAAUUAUCUCAACAUGCUCCGCCAAAAAGAACCGGUUGCCGUUGCCAUCCUCGCGUAUUACGCUACCAUCUUAUAUGCGGCCGAGUCUGUUCACUGGUUUAUGAGUGGUUGGGCUCAGCGCAUUGUCGGCGCUAUUUCAGAGAUUGUGGAUCCCAGCUGGCUACGAGCAAUGCAGUGGCCUAUCCAGGUCGUCACUUCUACUAUUUCUACACAGCAGCAACAAGAACGCGAACGCGAACGCGAGCGAGAACGGCGAAACUCGAGUACAGUGACCUGA